AUGAACUUCUACUUUCACGACCUGGAGAAGAACUACUUCAACCGCUUCCAGGAGGACGCCUUCCACCACAAGGACGCCCGCCAGCGGCUGACGGAGUUCAAGGAGACGCUCACCAAGUUCACGCACUUCAGCAACCUCCGCCCGCUGGCCUCUCUGAGCUACGCGAAGGAGUUUGUCGUCCACAACAUCGUCUCGAGCAUCGAGUUCGACAAGGACGCGGAGUUCUUCGCCAUCGCCGGCGUCGCCAAGAAGAUCAAGAUCUUCGACUACGCGGCGGUGGUGAAGGACUCCCUGGGCAUCAACUACCCCGUCAAUGAGAUUGACUGCACCUCGAAGAUUAGCUGCCUCAGUUGGAACAGCUACUUCAAGGCGAUGAUGGCCACCAGCGACUACGAGGGCAGCGUCAUCCUCUGGGACGCCUUCCUGGGGAAGAAGCUCUCCGUCUACCAGGAGCACGAGAAGCGCUGCUGGAGUGUCGACUUUAAUCGGAUUGACAUUAAUCUGGUGGCCAGCGGCUCCGAUGACGGGAAGGUGAAGCUCUGGUCGGCGAACAUGGACUCGAGCAUCACCACGCUCACCAGCAGUGCGAACAUCUGCAGCGUCAAGUUCAACCCGGCGUCGCUGUACCACCUGGCGUACGGCUCGGCGGACCACCGCGUCUACUACUACGACCUGCGGAACACCCGCUCGCCGCUGACCGUCUUCAAGGAGCACCGGAAGGCGGUCAGCUACGUCAAGUUCCUCAACCGCCACGAGCUGGUCUCGGCCAGCACCGACAGUCAGAUCAAGCUGUGGAGCACGGAGGCGCCGCCCAGCUGCCGCCGCUCCUACACCGGCCACCUCAAUGAGAAGAACUUCGUGGGGCUGACGGCGAAUGAGGACUACAUU